AAAAGCGAAACUGUUACACCGGCAUUUAUAAAUAAAAAUGGCUGCGGUUGAAGCACCAGCCGCGCCAGCCGUAACAGAAGAUGAUGAAGCCUGGCUCUAUGGAGAUGAAAAUAAAGAGGGAACUCCGACAAAUGGUGAUGCUGCAGAGCCAGUAGAAGGUGCCAAAGAUGAGAAAAAAGAUGAUAGAGAAGCAGGAGAGUUGAGUGGUGAAGAGGAAUCGCAGGAGAAAGAUGACGAUGAUGAUUCUGACGAUGAUGUUCAAGUGACAAUUGGCGACAUUCAGACAUUUCCUCUUAACGAAGCUCCCAGAAAUUUAUUCAAAGCACAAAGUGGUUACCAAAAACCAGCUGGGGCAGCGGCCGCUGCAAAGUCUCAGAGUGGCACAGGAACCACUGUGAAAGGUGUGGACCUUGAUACUCCGGGAAACAUCAAUGGAGUGAACCAGUACGAAUUUGAUCUGGACGGAUUACAAGCUGAUGAGAAGCCCUGGAGGAAACCAGGUGCGGACAUCACUGAUUAUUUCAACUAUGGCUUCAAUGAAGACUCGUGGCGUAUGUAUUGUGAAAAGCAGAGACGAAACCGAAUGGAGGCCAACCCAGGAACAGUCACUAGAAUUUACGUUCAUCAAUCUGCAUCAUCUAUGAAUAGAAAUGAAAAGAAGGAUGCAUUACACCCUCCAGGUACAGAAACUCCACAGACCGUGCCUGUGAUUGGCUCUCGUGGUAAGACCAACCCAACACCCAGAAAGAUGGCCGGGACCAUUGAUGUUAUUGGCAGCACAGCCAGAGACUCGAGACGUCCAGACGCUUCAUCUAUGGGAGACCCAAUACCAGUGGCUGGUAGCAGGAAGUCCUACAACACCUCUGUGCCUCCCCCGGGUAUAUCUGUACACCCCACCCAGGGGAUGCCCCCCAUGCCUGACUACUCCAUACCCCCUCCGGGCAUGACUCUGCCACCAGGCAUGCAUCCUCCUCCAGGGCCAGCACCCCCGGGUGUUCCUCCUGGUAUACCACCCCCAGGAUUUCCUCCAGUGGAAUUUGAUGCCUACUACCCGCCCACAGGUCAGACUUCUGUUAGUCACUAUGAUGACCGGAAUUUUUCAUCCCAUCCAACUUUCCCAUCAAACUACAAUCAGGCAAAUCCCUGGGAAAACAAUCGCCAGGAAGGUUACCGAUGGGGAAGUGACUACAGCAGGGAGCGUAGUCCAGCGAGAUCCGAGUCAGAAUAUAGCAGCCCUCGCAGUGACCGAGACCAUAGUAGUUAUGGUCGAGAUCGUCGGCGUGAACACAACAGGUUGGUCUUAUUUACCUGUGGUUUGGUCUUAUUUACCUGUGGUUUGGGGUUAUUUACUGGCGUCUGGGGAGACUUGUGGAAUAGGGUUGCUAUCACAUGAUUCCUGAAAAAAUGUGUUAUUAACUACAACAGAUUACAUUUUAAAAUAUAAAACUACAAAAUAGGUGUGUUAUGAAACAUAUGUACGCUUAUUGAAAUCAAAAUCAUGAACUGUUUUCUUAUUGAUGGGCUAGUACAGUUAGUGACUUGGCUCCAUAACACUGUUUCAUGGAAGAAAUAUUGUCAGCAAUUCAGGUUAAAUUGUUGAUUAAAUUUGGGAACAUUUUGGUUUUUAUGAGAUUUCUAACUAGUCCACGUUCGAUUCAUUAAGUAAAAUGGUGUACUGGUUUGAUAGACUGAGACCUCAGCAUGUUUUAAAUUACAGGGAGAGGUAAACUGCAUGCUAUUAGUAAAUGCUAUUUUGUUUUAGCUUACCUGGUCACACAGAUGUACACAAUGUACAAGAUUUUGUUAGGGAUUAACGCUUCCUUUAUUAGAUUUCAUGGGGUGAUGAUGUGAGUAGGUCUUGAGAAAAAUUAAAGAACUGCAAAGUAUUGUAUGUUGAAUGGUCUCAAGGCCAACUCACUUCAUCACCCCGUGAAUUUGACCAAUGCAAGAUUUGAUCCUUUUAUUUCAAUGGCAGCCUACCGCAUUACGUCCCUUUAUAGUUGGCCGCUAAUAAACAUUGGCGCUGUCUGUCAACGGUAGUUCCGGUUUGAGCUCGUACGCACCGUUCCAAUGUAAACAAUCCGAAUAUUGCGUGACUAUUAACGUCUAUGUUUAAUCAUCAUGUAGGAGUUUGUGUGUAAAUGGUUAAAUGUGUUGUGUUGCAUAUAUUCGUUUUGUAUUAGCAGACAUGUAAUCGUUUUGAUACAUUUGUCAACAUUUUUCUCGAGGGAAUCCCUGCUGUACUGUACAGUAACCACACCACAGGGGUUCGUUAUAAAUGUCUGAAAUACACAUGUACAUAUUUUAUGCUGUACUGAUAUGGGUCAUAGCAUACAUAAACUUUGUGUUGUUAUCCAUAUCAGUAGCAUAUGUGUAUUUCAGACAUUUGUAACGAACCCCUUUGCAAUAAGUUAACUUCUAAACACCGACUUGGGAAAUGGAUCCCUCUACUCCAGGGCCUAGAAAUAUGUUAUGUGUCCGAGUGAUCAGCCUAUUACGUAAUCAUAAGUGACACACCUGUACUAUAGUGUUUGCCGGCGACGCACAUAACCGUGGAUAAUGAAGUCAAAUUAAAGGUCUUCAUGCACUUUUACUUGUGAGAGAGAGAGAGAGAGAGAGGGGGGGAGGGUAACAAAGCACAUGGGUUAGUUUUAUGCUUAACUGAUAUGGGUCACACAGCAUAAAGCUAUCAUAAUCAGUGACUUUAAAUGUGAAUUUUGGGUCUUUUUAUUUUUAAACAUGCAUAUUUGUUUAUAUGUACUGUGACAGUAAAGUGUGUAUUUUAGUCAUUUGUAAAAGAAUAAACUGUGAUCUGAGCAAGAAAAUAUUUUGAUAUCCAAGUUAAUAGAUAUUUAUUGAAUCAUUACUAACUGUUGAACAGAAAAUUAUAUGUACAUGUCAAGAUGUAUUUAACUGUGUGAUUCACAGUUGCUUCUGUAAUUAUCCAUAGACAAAUGUAAUAUCUAACAUCUGUGGAGAGGUCACAUUUGAUUGAAAGUCAACUUUAUUUACAUCCCAAUUGUUGCUCAGAAUAAUUUUGAGAAGAUGAUGCACUUUUAACAACUGGCAACUGUGAUUUACCUGUACAGUACAGUUCAACCAUACAAGUUCCAGAGGAGUCAUCCACUUUUCUUUCCACUCAAACAUCUGAACUUAGUUACUUACUAAGUACAACUUGUCAAGUGUAUACAUGUAUUUAUUGAUGUCUAAACUCAGUUCACAACAUGUAGUGACGUACAAGAAAAUACACAUAUCAACUUUGAAAUAUGCACACAUUUAACAUAUUUGUCAUCAAUAUAAAAUUAUCUAUUUUGAUGAGCUCACUAACAAAGUAACUUCUCUAAGAGAUAUAAUGGGUUCUCAAAAAGUAAGCCAGGUCACACAAAAGAAAGAGUCCAGGAAUCAAAUAUCCAAUAAAAAAACAUCAAUAUGACAAAUCAAAU